CUUCCUGGAAACUGCGCUGCGGUCUGUCUAUUGUGGGGACCAAGUAUUAAUGAGGCCGGUAAAAGUGUCUUAGUAUUAAAAGUGCGUUAAAAGCGAGGGCGACAUGAGCUGUGUUUUCCGCGAAACCAAGAAAACCGGCCAUUUUUAAAUGUCUCUGUCUGAGCUUGCACUCACUCCCUGAUUCCAUUCAAGAUUGGACAACCGAAGAAGCAGAUUGUUUCGAAAACGGUUGGAAGAUCAGACUAAGAAGCUUUAUAAAGACAUGAAGAAAAGUACAGAAGCUGAUACAGCCAUGUCCAAAGCUGCUGUGAAGAUAUCCGCGGACCUGCUGAGCAACCCCCUGUGUGAGCAGGACCAGGCCUUUCUGGACUCCAUGACAGCCCUCGACACGGCCAUGCGACGGAUGGAUUCCUUCAACCAGGAGAAGGUGAACCAGAUCCAGAAGACGGUAAUCGAUCCUCUCAAAAAGUACAGCAGUGUGUUCCCCAGCUUGAACAUGGCUGUGAAGAGACGGGAGCAAACACUCCAGGACUACAAGAGACUGCAGUCCAAGGUGGAGAAGUAUGAGGAGAAGGAGAAGACAGGGCCUAACAUGGUCAAACUGCACCAGGCCAGGGAAGAGCUCAGGCCGGUCAAGGAUGACUUUGAAGCCAAAAAUAAGCAGCUUCUUGAAGAAAUGCCGAAGUUCUACAACAGUCGCAUCGACUAUUUCCAGCCCAGCUUUGAGGCCUUGAUCCGGGCACAGGUGGUGUACUUCACGGAGAUGCACAAGAUCUUCAGCGAGCUCACGGAGCAGAUUGAUCAGGCCAACCUGACGGACGAGCAAAGGGAGCGGGAGAACGAGGCCAAGCUGAAUGAACUGCGAGCUCUGUCCAUUGUGGCCGACGACUGAAACCGCACAUCUCCUCCUCCUUUCUCCUUCAUUCUCCCUGUUAGUCCUCAUUUCUCUUCAGAGACAUCCCCCCCCCUUGUCCACUAAUGACUCCAACCUGUUUAAACUUUUCAGACCACGUUCAAAAAGCCAUCAGUAAGUAGCCAUUCUAGGCGAACAGCCUGCAUUGUUAUAUUGACAAUUCCAUUAGAGAAUAUGUAAAAUAUGCAUAUACCGUUUUUAGGGAUUUUGUUGUUUUAACGGCCUUUUUUAAAUUGUUCUUUACUAGUAGUAGUCGUCGCAUUUUCAAAUAUCCCGACAUUAUGGUACUAUUUGAAUUGUGUCAAUUAGGCGACUUCAGUGUGGUGUCAGUGCCCUAAAUAUAAGUCAUUAGGAUUUUUAAUUUUAAAGGUUUACAACCUGCUUAGUGUUCUUAAUCCUUUUAGUCAGCAUUCAACAUAACUGCUAUACAACAGUAAUAACGGUAUAACCAGGCCAUUAAAGUAACGUGUGACCCAGUUAUGUCAGAUGAGGAGCUUACACUUCUCAGUCUCACUGCUGCUCCUCGGUUUUGUAGAUGUGGGCACCGCAGUAGCAGUGAUCUCCAAGGCACAUGGAGCAUCUAGCCCAGUCUCGGGCUUCGCACGGGCUGCUGGACACCGGCGUGGUUUGCUGCCCGUUGGUGCCUCCCGUCACCUUUUCACAGAAACGGCGCAGUGUGUUAGGUCCCCUCCGUACGCGAUGCCUGCGGAAGGCUGUUGCAGGAAGGAAGGAAGGAAGGAGAGAGUUAGGGCUGCGGAGCCAACGGUGACAAAGCCGGGCAAACGUGCAUGUAGAAACCCAAAUGCCCCGCCACUUGUGCAGCUGUCGCAAAUCUCUGGUGCCCUCUAGUGACUGGAGGAUUCCCGUGUCUUCGUUUCUAUUAAUGUUUUGUAUUUGUGCUUCUUUACCAAAUACAGAGUACUUGUCCCUUCCAAUUGUGUCCCAGUGGCCUUUGAUUGCACCCCUUGUCGCUCAGGUAACAGGGGCCGGUGGCAGUGCUGAGUGCUGGGGGGCAGGAGUGCGUGCCUUUUAAACUGCCAUCAAGUGUGUACAGACCGGCGUUUUGUCGUCCGGGCGUACGUGUGUAUCCCUUGAGCUGCAUUAGAGUCGUUCUGCAGUUUCAAUACGUAUCACCCAACUAAAGGCCUGUAAGAAUUCCUUCACUUGUCUUGCUGAGAAACUUUUUCUCUUACACACAUCAAUCAGAUGUACUUGAUCUAAAUGAUUCUUUUUCUUUAUUUUUAAUUUUUUUUUUUAAAUCAAUGCUGUGUCAAUGCAAGUGUUGCGUUUUGGUUUGAAGAUGAGGAACAAUGAAUUGUUUUUUUUGCCGCUUGUGAAACACUGGAAUGUAACACUACAGGAUUUUUAAUGCUUCUGUGAAUGUACUGUCAGCAAUUACAAGCAGCAUUACCCACUUGUGAUCAGUCUGGAUUUACUACACUUUCACAGUGGUUUGUGGGAGAGUCAUCUUUGUGACAUUAGCUCAAUGUAAGAUCUUACCUCUGCUAACAGCAAUAAUCCUUGAAAUAGUCUGUUCAUUGUUUGCCAUAUGUUUAGCUAGGAUGCAUAGUUCUUUCAAUGUGUCAGGUUUUUUUUUUUUAGCUACAUUGAAGGAUAUUUUCAAGUUUGUAUUUUGUGUUGUGUUCAUGUGUUACUGACCAGAGCCAUUGUUAAGUCUUGUCUGUUACAAGAAAACUGCUUUCCACAAUCAGCUUCCAAGAAAAUCUGACUUGUCUAUUUUUACUUACAGAAUGUACCAAUAAAUAGCAGUAAAUGAAUACAAGUGCUCUUGUGACUUGUGCAGUAAGCUGUGUGGUGUUUCUCUGGAGAACGGUGUAAAAGAAGUCCCCUGCCACGGUAGGACUCUGGCACUCAGUCCAUCUCGGUUUUCUCUGUUCAACAGCCGCCCUGCAGUUCUCUCCUGUUUGCAGAACAUUGUUUUUUGAUGCGAUGAUUCACGGUUCACCAUCUGCCACUCAGUGUUCAUGUCCCUGUCGCCCCCUCUUGUCCUCUUCACUGCCCAGGGUCCUGAUCCUCCCACGAGACACCCCCCCGAGUGCCUUUCGCCCCCUGAGCUUAUGCUUUUGCAAUGUCCCUCACCCCCUGGUUUUCAUGUUCUGCCACCCAAGUCUCUUCAGUACCAUGGUCUCCUGCCUGAAUACCUU